GUGCCGGUGACAUUUGAUGACGUGUCCGUCUAUUUCAACGACAAGGAAUGGGAGAAGCUGGAGGAGUGGCAGAAGGAGCUGUACAAGAACGUGAUGAAGGGGAACUAUGAGUCGCUGAUCUCCCUGGGUAAAUACGGGGUGUCCUCGCCCUGGUGA